AUGGUCGUUUCUAUGGUAACCCUGAGCAGGUUGCCUGGGAGAUGACCUCUUUCGGGUCUCUCUGAAUACCUGCUGUAGCGUCACCUCGAAGGCAGAUCUAUCAGAUAUCCUGGACUGUCUUCUAUCAUGAUUCCCGGGAAAUACCGCUCUAUUUCUGGCCGGGCUGCGAACAACGUGAACUGUGGGCUUCAUCUGGUUAUUCAGACAUCAUCGCUUCCUGAAAAAAACAAAGUAAGAUUUAAGCAGGUUGAAUUCAAGCUAAAUAAAGACACGUCGUCAUUCCCCGGUAGACUUUUACAACAUGAACUUGAAAGAAACUGCUCAAGUCGGCAAGGAGAUGGAAGAGUAAUAAGUCCUUCGCCUUGUAAUAAAUCAUCAUGCAUCUCAUCCACACCAAAUGUGACAGAACUAUAUGGGCUGGAAAUGAAAGCUGCCACGAGCUCCUUAUCAGCAUUUGGAGAUUCUUCCAUUAAGACACCUUCAAAGUCCAGAAUCCGGCAGGGCUGUCAUAGUGCUGGCCCCAAUGUAUCUGGUGAUCAUAUUAAUUUGGUGAGCUCAUCAUUGUCAUCAUUUCCUAUUCUUCAACGUUCUUCUGAAGAGAAAAUUCUUUACUCAGACAGGUUGAGCCUAGAAAGACAAAAGCUGACUGUAUGUCCUAUCAUCAAAGGGGAAGAACACCUUCGUUUGUUGAACUUCCAACAUAAUUCUAUAACUCGGAUACAAAAUCUUUCUAAUCUACAGAAGUUAAUAUCCUUGGAUUUAUGCGAUAACCAGAUUGAAGAAAUUAGUGGGCUUUCUACUCUGAGAUGCCUUCGUGUCCUUCUGUUGGGGAAAAACAGAAUCAAGAAAAUCUCAAAUCUGGAGAAUCUAAAAAGCUUAGAUGUCUUGGAUCUUCAUGGAAAUCAGAUUACCAAAAUUGAAAAUAUUAAUCAUUUGUGUGAGUUGAGAGUUUUAAAUCUCGCCAAAAACUUUUUAAGCCAUGUUGAUAAUCUUAAUGGGCUGGAUUCACUAACUGAACUUAACCUGCGACACAAUCAAAUCACUUUUGUGAGAGAUGUGGAUAAUUUGCCCUGCCUCCAACAUUUGUUUCUCAGCUUCAACAAUAUAUCUAGUUUUGACAGUAUUUCCUGCCUUGCUGACUCUUCUUCCCUCUCGGACAUCACCUUUGAUGGCAAUCCCAUAGCUCAAGAGUCAUGGUACAAACACACUGUCCUUCAGAAUAUGAUGCAGCUGCGCCAGCUAGAUAUGAAGAGAAUCACGGAAGAAGAAAGGCGUAUGGCAUCUGUUUUAGCCAAAAAAGAGGAAGAGAAGAAACGGGAAAGUCAUAAACAAUCGUUGCUUAAGGAGAAGAAAAGGUUAACAAUUAACAAUGUAGCUCGACAGUGGGACUUGCAACAACAACGGGUAGCCAGUAUUGCUACAGAUGAAGAUAGAAAAGAUUCUGACUCUCCUCAUGACCCCUGUCAGCUUGAUGGAAGCACCCUCUCUGCAUUCCCAGAGGAAACAGGGCCUCUAGACUCAGGACUCAACAAUGCUUUACAAAGUUUAUCUGUCAUAGACACAUACCUUGUUGAAGUAGAUGGGGAUACACUUUCCCUGUAUGGCUCAGGAGCACUGGAAUCUCUGGAUAGGAAUUGGAGUGUUCAAACGGCAGGAAUGAUCACAACAGUCUCCUUCACUUUCAUAGAAUUUGAUGAAAUCGUCCAAGUGCUUCCCAAACUGAAGAUUAAGUUUCCUAAUUUUCUGCACCUUAAAUUCAAGGAAACAAAUCUUGUAAUGCUGCAGCAAUUUAAUGCACUAGCGCAACUCCGUCGUGUUGACCAGUUGACAAUUGAUCCUCAAGGAAACCCAGUUGUCAGUUUUACACUCUGGAAAUACUAUGUACUGUUUAGGCUAAGCCAUUUUAGUUUGCAGAAAAUAAAUGGAACAGAGGUGACACAGAAUGAUAUGAUAAUGGCUGAAAGGCUCUUUGGAAUCCUAGCACAUGUAGCAUCUUCUGAGUUACCCCAGUAUCGUCUGAUUUCCAUUCUGGGUGAUGCCAGGAAAAAGCAAUUUCGGUAUCUGCUAGAAUCCAAAGGAAAAAAACCUGGUAUUAGCAAUGAAGAAAAUAAUGACAGCAAAAGACUUGUAGGAGAAAAUACAAAUCGUGCUACAUUAAAUUAUACUACAAGAGACUUUUAUAAUGAAAAGCUAGAGAGAUGGAGUCUCACUAUGCUACCCAGGCUUGAGUUCUUGGCCUUACGUGAUCCUCCUGCCUUGGCCUUCCAAAGUGCUGGGAUUACAGAUAUGAGCUACCAUGCCUGGAAUAUGAUAUGUUAAAUUUAACUCUUUUAAUUUAUCUUGAAACUAUUUUGGUGUUUUGUUUUGAGUUGGAGGUUUAAAUGGAUCCUUUUCCAAGUAGUUAAAUCUAUUGUCUCAUUGACAUUUAUUACUUUCCUUCUUCAUUGAAGUGCUUUACUUCCCUUAUAAUUCUGAUUAUCUGAUGUUUUACAUUGAUUCUUCCAUAUUAUAUACCUUCCAUGAUCAUGCCUUGAUACUCUCCAAAAGUAUCAAAGCCAAAAUUAACAUUAAAUUCUUGCGUUAAACAAAAUCACUUUGUUUUAGCCUCUGUGGUAAAAUUGGGAUCCAAUGCUCAAAUAUCCUCUGGCUCCAAAAUUCCCCUGUUAUGUUUAGAACCAGAUUUUUCAUUUGUAAACUGCCAGACCCAGAAGUUGAGAGCGAGACCUGUUUCUUUAGGAGGCAAUGCCCUGGGUCCCAGGUUUAUAUGUGUUUCCUCUUCCUCUUCCUCCUCGUACACUUUUCCCCAACUUUCUCCGAAUGGCCAAGGCUGCAUAAGUUAGUAUAGUGCACCAUUUUACACUUUCCCAUAAGAGAGAGUAAAUUCAGAGUAUAGAUACUUAAAGCAUUACAUAGAUAUUAACUAAUCUCCUACCAAUUGAAAUUGUCACUAUCUAUAUCCUGACACAUUUACCACAGGAAUCUGUGAGUCUGCAUUCAGCUGACUUGUGUGAGCUAAAUGACCUGAACUGAGAUAGGAGAUGAGUAGUAGUUAUGAUUCAGCAAUUCCAGUAAAGAAAUGCGUUUUCUAUCAGAGUUGUCAGAUAGAGGCAGGAGAAGGCUGAGAAACACUGAGGUCCUUGCUGUUAUCGUUACUCAAACAGAAAUGUCUGUCAGCAGUGGCUGGGAAAGAAUUCCUGCUCUGAGGAGUGGGUGGGGGGGGAUUAGGGGCUCAGAAUAAAUUAUUUCAGGUUUCUCUGGUUCAACUAAUUGUUGCUUUGACUUUUGGAUUAGUUAUG